AUGAAGUCAACAUCUACAGUUAGCAACACUUCUCAACAAGCCACAAUUGUUCCUGUGGAGCCAAUGGGGACUGCCGCGCCGAAAAAAGAGAUAACAAAUAACUGCUUCGUCCGAUUCUGUCGACAGGUAGGUGAGGAGAUAAAGAGACAAGAGAAUGCAUGCGAAGGAAAGUUAUACUGUAUUAUUCUGUGCCGUAUCGUCUCUAUGGUUUGGGUAGUGCGGUAUCUGGAAGCAUUAUCGAAUGAUUAUUAUCCCACAAACGAAAGUGGGAUAAAUACAUCUAUGCCACCAGAAGCGUUCGUCAAAGGAACACACUUGAUAGAAACUUGCCUUGGUAUUCUUAAAGAUACCUAUGGCAUUGCCGGCGGAUCAACCAUUCUUGCUUACAUUUGUACACUUGGUUGGUCUAGAUUCAAAAACAGCUUUGCAGUAACAACAUGUGGGUUUGUCAUAAGUACGCUUUCGCAUAUUUUGAUUAGGAACUUGAUGUUCUAUGUUACAUCAUUUCUUCUUAUUUCUACAAGUCCAUGGGCAUUUAUUCUUAUACUAUUACUCUUCAACAUCGUAUGGGUAAGCGGGUUUCUAUGUAUAUUGGCUGAGAUAUGCACAGUGAUUAAGAAAAGCAAUCUAGCAAAUGAAAACAAUGUCAACGUGGCCGAGGAGAAUCGUUCAGAUCCUGAGAACAAUCAACCUGAAACUGAGGAUUGUGAACUUAGUAUCUCAGAAACGAUGAGAUGUUUGCCGAAAGCGAUUAAGUUGAUUAUGAAGGGGAUUAUGCUACGCCCGUUAUUAUUGGGGCUAUUGGGCGUGCUAACAACAUUGAUACUCAUAAUUGAGUAUAAUACAGUGCUUAUUUGGUGUUAUACAGAAGCAGUAGGUCCUAAAUAUCUUCCCUUAGGUCUUCUCUAG